AUGGAAGUUGGCAACAUAACCACAAUCACUGCAUUUGUUCUCCUAGGAGUAUCCAACAACCCCCAGGUCCAGGUAGUACUCUUUGUUCUGUUCCUGGUGAUUUACCUCCUGACCCUCACGGGGAAUCUGCUGAUGCUGCUGGUGAUCAGAGCUGAUUCCCACCUCCACAUUCCCAUGUACUUCUUCCUGAGUCAUCUCUCUUUCCUGGAUGCUUUCUAUUCCUCCAUCAUUGUGCCCAAACUACUAGAGAACCUUCUUUCCAAGUGGAAGACUGUAUCCUUCCUUCAGUGUUUCACCCAGAUCUCCUUGGUCUUAUUUUCUGGAGCUACAGAAGCUUGCCUCCUUUCAGUCAUGGCCUAUGACCGGUUCCAGGCUGUGUGCCACCCUCUGUUAUAUGUGGUAACUAUGGAAAGGAAGUUUUGUACCAGCCUGGUGGGAGCAUCGUGGGCCAUAGGAAUGGGGACUGGCCUAGUUAACACCUUCCUUCUGGCUCAGCAGCACUUCUGUGGCCCCAACCUCAUCCACGGUUUCUCCUGCGAGCUUCCCCAUGUGCUCCUGUUGGCCUGUUCUUACCCCUAUGUUAGCAUUGCCUCCAUUCUGACCACCAUGGUGAUCCUGGGUCUCGGCACCCUUGUCCUAUUGCUGGGCUUCUAUACUCGUAUCAUCAUGACAGCCCUGGGGAUCAACUCUGCCACUGGUCGGAGCAAGAUCUUCUCCACCUGCUCUUCUCAUUUUCUUGUGGUUACCAUCUUUUAUGGUUCAGGACUUUUCAGGUAUAUGAUUCCAACGUCUGACUCAGUCCUGGAGCAAGUGCUCUCCCUGCAGUACAGUGUGGUGAGCCCACUGUUAAACCCCUUCGUCUACAGUCUGAAGAACCAGGAGGUGAAGGGCGCUCUGAGGAGGAUGCUGGCCAGGAAACCCAGACUUACCUUCUAA